AUGUUCCAAACUAAGGAGCAAAAAGAACUAAUGAAGUUCGCAAGGGUUGUAUGUUUAGAUGGAACCCAUGGCAUGAAUCAUCAUAAAUAUCAUCUAUUUACGCUUAUUAUAAAGCAUCCAAUAGUAGGUAGUGGGUACCCAGUCGCAUUUUUGAUAAGUGAGUUUAAACGAACAUCGACAUUAAUGGAAUGGUUUGAUUUUUUGAAACAUGAAAAUGAGGAAUGGAGACCAGAUAUAUUUAUGGUUGACGAUGCAGGAGAAGAAAUUAGAUCAUCCCAAGAUAGUUUUCCUGAUAGCUCUGUGUUUUUGUGCCAUUUUCAUGUUUUACGGUCUUGGCGUAGAAAACUUGGCCAUAAACGUGGCACAAAUAAUGACCUAUCAAAGGAAAAAGUUUGGGGUGAUCUUUGGCGGCUACUAAAAGUAGAAGGAUGGUCUGAUGCAGAUGCCCGAGCAGAGAUUGCAAAUACAAUUAAUUCCUGA